AUGGAAGAGGACCAGGAACUGGAGAGAAAGAUGUCUGGAUUGAAGACCUCAAUGGCAGAAGACGAGAAGAAGACAGCCCUGGAAAUGGCCCAGGCAGCUGGAACAGAUAGACACGGUGUGACAUUUGUAUUGCAAGAGGAGGAACAUACCCUAGGACAUUUGCUGCAUCAUGUCAUCAUGAAGAACCCCCCCAAAAAAAGUGGAAUUUUGUGGUUACACUCAAACCAUCCUUCAGAGAGUAAAAUUAAUUUAUGCAUUCAGACUCGAGGUGCUCUUCCAGUUGAGCCAAUUCAGAGAGGCCUGAAGGAGCUCAGGAAUGUCUGCCAACCUGUGCUUGACAAGUUUGAGGCCACAUAA